AUGGGAGGUAAAUCUGAGAAGGAUGUGGUCCUUUUUCUUGUGGUGAUAAUCUUAGUUUGUUCUUCUGUGGCUUUUCUCUUGGCUAUCGUCCAUGUGCCUGCAGAUACGCUGCUCAGUUCUGCUAUCAACCGACUGUUGAAUCUAGGCCGAUCACGUGAUCGGGAAGGUAAGUUAUUUUAUAGUUAACGUGCUAUUGGCCAGGUCAGCCCCAUAAAGUAAUUUUGGCAAUUACUUUAUGGGCCUAACGGUACUGUAUCCCGGACAUGCAUCCGUGACAUCAUAUUUAUAACGUUGUCUGGGUAAUGUCUCCUACAUUUCCUAGAUCGUCUUUUUUUUCUUAUCGAGCCUUGGAUUAUUCUUUUCCAUCGUUCUCCAUGAGAGUGAUUUGAGUAAGGCAGUAUUUCUGAGAACGGUUGUCUUUUGAAAACUAUCCCCUUGUCUAUACAAUCUUUCGAAUGCGCACGUGUUUAUGAUAUGGCAAUCUUAUGGUGUGGAAGACCUCGUCGCAUUUGAGGCUGAUUAAAUUUAUAGGGCGCCUAGAUUGAAGUUUUCUAAGUGAUCAAAUGGUUUUAGAAAUUUUUGAUUUCCAACGCUGAGUUGGAACAUAUUCAUGUCAUAAAUGUUACGUAAUAUAACUUUAGCCUUGACACUCUGUAUCCUUAUUUCCAAUUAAUAAUUCGUAUCCUUAUUUUUAAACAUUUUUAUAACUGAUCUGUAUACAUCUGAAAAAAAUGUAAUUUAAUUUGUAAUUUAAUCUCUUUUCUGUUGUAGAAAUUCCUUUGGAUCUAUUGUUUUAUUUGUUUAAGUAUUUUUAACGGAUUUAUAUUUAUAGCUUGAAUAAAGAUAAGAGGAAGUUUAAGUGUAAGUUCCAAUUUCCAUUUCUUGAUUUAGAUUCUAUAUUACAUUUGACUGUUGCAGAUUUUCCAAUCAUCCCAUUUUUCCAUGUUGCCUUAUUAUUUUGUUGAUUUGUUCUUUCUUUUUGUUGAAUCUACGUUGAUUAUACAUUUCCUUUUUUUUUCAACGUAGUGUUUGGAAUUCUUUCAUUUUCCAUUAUCUGUUUUUACCAUUUUUACUGUUUCUAUUUUUAUCAUUGAAUUAAAAGUUAAUUUCAUGUGGCUUCCAUCUGAUAUUAUCAGAAUGUUUUUUCCUUUCUUUUCUAACAGGUACUCAGUGGUAUCUGCAUUAAGUUUAAUGCUCGGAAAUUUCUGAUAUUAAAUGAUUUUCACUAUUAUUACCUGAAAUUAUUAUUCUACACCGUUAUCAUAUCUGUUGUGUUUAUGUUGUAUGUUAGGUUCUAGAGGUAUAAAUAAAAAUUCGUCUUACUUAUAUUUUACAAUUGGACAAAACUUUAUCAGAAAGAGCAAGAACGAGACUAUAUAUUUGGAAUCUCAUAUCAAAAUGAGUUCUUAACGUUGUGGACCCUUUCUUAUCGUGUCCUUUUUAUGUAAGAUUUUCCCACUUGUAUUUUUCGACUCUUGACCAAACUUUAAGUUGAGCAAGCUAGCUGACUUAUUUUGUAACAUAUUCCUAACAACGUAAUGUUCGUCUACUCCAUUAAGACGAGAAUUUGCCAGCAAUAAUUCCCAAAUUUUUAUAGAUACGACAUUAAAUAAAAAAAUAUUGCUGUAUUAGUUUAAGCUUACAUAUACAUCAGUACAUCACUAAAUAUGUAAACCACUCUUAUAUUUAGAAAUUUUUCGCAACCCAUUAGAAAUCAACUCAUGACCCACUUUAGGAACCUUUAUAGUUUUAUACUGAUUUUUCUCUAACCAACUGCUUUAUCAAAUCAUUAAAGAUUUUUAUCAAUUUUUUUUAUUCAUAAUCUUUUUUUAUUAUUUUUGGUUCCAUAUUUUGCAAUCGACAUUUCCCUACCUUUCCUUUUUUCUUGCCCAUUUCAAACGUUUUCUCUAAUGAAAGCCUCUUUCUUCUUUAUUUCACCACCAAAUCUUUAAUAAUAAAAUUUUUCUUUCUCAACUCUGUUUUUCAUUACUGCCGUGUUUUUUCCAUUUUUUUUAGCUGCUACUCCUAAUAAUUUUCUGGCUAUUUCAAUUUUUCCUCUUUUUGCUUCUAAUUUAUAUUUCUAUUUGUUCUUCUAACUAUUCUGUUUUAUAUCUAUUUGUUUUCAUUUUUUCCUUCAUCUUUCUUCUAAUUUUAAUAUUUAUAUAGAAUAAGCUAGUUAUAUUAUCUUUGCAUUUAUUUUGUUGCAAAUGUGUAGUAUUUAAUAUUUAAUUCUAAAGUUCUAACUUUCAUGUGCUAUAUCAUUAUUGUGAGUGAUAUAAUGAUGUAAAAAGUGUAGGUAAAUAACUUACUAUUAGUGAAUAAAAUUUAAAUUGAAUAUCUAUAAGCAAGCUAUGUUUGAUGUUAUAAUUUUCUGCUUGGUUUGAUUUGAAUAAAAAAUUUGUUCAGCAAUGAUUUUCAAAAUUUUCUAAAAAUUUUCCAAUGAUUUUAAAGUACUUUUUGAACGUAAAAAUAUGCAUGUUGAUUGGUUCUUUUUCAGCAUAAAUAAUUUAUAGUUUUAUUAUCCUUUUAAAGUAAGACGAAACUUUUUUAUGCUAACAUAUUAUAAGAUUUUUGAUACAAUUUUCCACCAAAUUGAUCGUAUAAAUUGAUACGUACAUAUAAUUGACUCCACAAAAAUGUCGAGUUAUAUAUCUAUGAAUUUUACAUUUUACAUUUGUUGUAUGAACAGAUAAAUGAUAUUGCCAGAAUAUAUAAAUUUCUGAAUUAAAAACAGCUGUUUUUCUUCGAAAAUCUUCGCGUAUUUUUAUUUCUUUGAAAACAGCUUCAAUAGCUAUAUUAUAUAAACAUAACAUAAAUAUUUGUGUUUUCACUUAUUCUUCUCGCGUGUAAAUUGUUUGAUUUGUAUUUAGAAACUUUAAAAGUUUUAUUCAUACUUAAAAUCUUUGAAAAAUUAAUGUAACUUGCUAUUCUAUUUUCAAGAAGUUUUAAUUUUAAUUUAUUUGGAUUGCAGGUAAAGAUACCUGGUUCUGAAUACAGUUACCGAUUAUGGCGAUUUUGGAUGACACAAGAAAAUUUUGAUUUCAAAUUAAGUAUAACAAACGGAAAGGUAUGAAUUUAUAUAUAUUUCUAUGUAAUGUAUCGUGUAUAUAUAUUUAAUCGUUUUAUUGAUAAACCUAAAUGUGAUCAUAUAGUAUUUCAUUUUUUACGUCUAUUCUUACAUUCAUAAAUAUACUUUAUUCAAAAAAAAGAUUACAUUUAUUGUAACAUGUAACUGUUAAAAAUAGAUAGGCAAUAUUCAUUGUCAGUAUUAUUUUAUUUUAAUUUUAGACAGUAAUUUCUUGA